ACGGCUUUUCCCUUCGGAGCGGCGGCUUGUCCCGUGCUUCCCUCAGCCCGCCUGCCCGCCGAGCCACAGCCCAACCGCCGCCCGCCCCGCCCCGCCCAACCGCCGGCAGCCAGCGGCCGCCAGCCGGGGAGGGGCUCCUGCCUCCGCCCCGCCGCCCUCGCUCCACGGAGGUGCUGCCGGCCCCGUCGCCGCCUCGCCCGCCCGCCCUCUCCCUCCCGCUUUCCCUGCUAGGCGACCGCGAUGUCUGACAAGGAGUUCAUGUGGGCCCUGAAAAAUGGAGAUUUGGAUGAAGUGAAGGACUAUGUGGCCAAGGGUGAAGAUGUCAACCGGACACUUGAAGGUGGAAGGAAGCCUCUUCACUAUGCAGCAGACUGUGGACAGCUUGAGAUUCUGGAAUUUCUGCUAUUGAAAGGAGCUGAUAUUAAUGCUCCAGACAAACAUAAUAUCACACCACUCCUAUCAGCAGUCUAUGAGGGCCAUGUUUCCUGUGUGAAAUUGCUUCUGUCAAAGGGUGCUGAUAAGACUGUGAAAGGCCCAGAUGGACUAACUGCCUUUGAAGCCACUGACAACCAGGCAAUCAAAACUCUUCUUCAGUGACGGAUGGACUGAUAACUUAAAUGUCUCUCCUGUGGCCUCACACUGCUGCCUGUCUGUCACUCUUUGCAUCUUCCAGCUUCUUCAGCUAAAUACUUUGGGGGGAGGGAAAUUCUUUAUGAAUCAGACUAGUUAGGGGCUUGUAUUGAAGAUAAUCUGUUUGGAAAGGAUUGAGAACGAUUAUGAACAGUGUCCCUCUAGGACUUCUUUUCACUGCACAAUCUCUUCCCAUUUCUAAUGAAAAUGGAAGAAGGAAGACAGACCAUGAUACUGAAUUUUUGGCUUGUAAACCUCCUACAUUAGUACUAAGAUUUUUGUUGAAAGAUUCCUUUAGAUGGAAGUACUGUGCUAUGUACCUGAAACUAAUUAUGAAGGAGACAAUAGUCCCAUGCUAACAGUGUCUGCCAUAAUCUGAUGCGUAGCAAUGUAGGUGACUGGGUUGCUUUUCUCUCUUCUCUCUCUCAGUGGGUAGCUUUCUUCUUCUUCUGCCUAAAGCUUACAUUGCAGUUUUGAGAACUUUUGAUACUAGUUAUUGGAGCAGUUCUUUAUAUUGACUAAUUGGAUGUCACACUAAUGUUUUUCUGCCUCUUGAGUAAACCAGGAAAGAUCAGUUGAGGCACGGUGGUUUUACACUCCGGAAUAUCUGCCAAGGUACUUUUGGAUGCUUGAAUUUGAGGUUUUUAUAUCCCAUGUUUUAUAGUCUGUAUUUAGACUGCAAAAUAAGAGCAGAACUGAUCUACAAGUAUACAUCUCAUAAGUAAAGUGAUGAAGAAAACAAUCAACUCUGACCGUAAACUGUACAGUGCAAUUACUCUUUGCUACUUGUGGCAAGGAAGAUCAAAAGGGUUGGAAAUCAGUGAUAAAUGAAUUGAUGAGCUGAUGAUAAAAGAACAAGCACGUUUAGUGAACAGUGUAUUGUAAUGACUAUUUAAACAGAACUCUUCAAUCUUUUCUCUGAUCAGUGCUGGACUCAUGUCACUGUAAUAGUGUGAACACAGACUAUAGAUUUAACUCUUUAUUCAGCUACAAAAGUUACCAUCUUUGGCAUAAAAUAGCCUCCAUAUUAUGCUAUUAAAUCCUUAGCUCUUAAAACUGCAGAAAACUGCAAUAUGUUUUUAUGUGGAAAAUCUGAUUAUUCACAUUUUGGGGUUUUUUUUGUGUUGGUUAGUGUUGAGUUGUCUGGCCAUAGCGUUUUCAGUUGGGUUUUGUAUUUUUUUUUUCCCCCCCUGCAUUCUUUCCUGCCCUUCUUUUCAACUCUCAUUUAAGCAAGCAUUAUCAUAGUAAAGAAACUUCUUUGUGCUAACUCUUCUGGUUAUUCACUGAGGCAAUUUUGCCUCCCUUUUUCUACAAUUAUGUAGACACCUUAGUUUUUCUUACUUGACUUGAGGAAAAAAACAUGCAAACAAACUUCAGUGAGACAAGUGGUAAUUUGGCUGUAAUACAUACCCAAGCUGCCUUUUGAGAUAGUUUAAAGAUGGCAUUUAAUGUUUGGCUCAUAAGGAAGAAAUACUUUCUUGCACUACGUAAGAGAUGAUUCAUCACUUUGCCCAGGAUUUAAAAAAUUAAAGGUAAUAAUAAAAGCUUAUGCUUUUCUAAUUUUCUAGAAAUGGGGCUUGUUUGUAUGUUUCCUUCUGGUUAGUGGUAUUGUGGAAAAAAAUGAUAGGCAGCUGGCUAUAUCUUUAAGUAGGUCCUAACUAGAUGAAAAUACCAACUUUAAAUUAUUUUACAUUCUAUAAACAAACUUUAAAUACUUCAUCUGGAUGGAAUUGCAUAUACCUUGAAAUCCACCUUGUUCUUAAAUUUUUCCUUUGAAAUUUGUGCUGAAUAAGUUAUAACCUGAAGUAUAUUUUGGAUUAUGUACACUCCUCCCUUUACUAAAGGGGGAGCAAGUGGGAAAAGGAGUAUGAUAAUUAAAUGGAACUUUAUCCUUGAACAUAAUGUUGAAUUAGUUGUAGAAGAGGCUGGUAAGAAUGGAGUGUCCUAGGUCAAGCAAUUGCAGUGUUGCAUGCAAAAUUUCAAAACAAACUUGUCUUAAUUAUAUUUUGUAAAUGGAUAAGCAAUCAUGUUUCUACACAGUGAUGGAAGAAAAUUAGUGCUCUGUGCAUUUUGAUAUUUGACUUUCUCUUUUCACCAUUGUUGACUGUUUUGACACAGUUGGUUUCAUCAUUAUCAUGGUUCAUAGACAGCAGAAUGCUAAAUGAUACUGUAUUUUUAAGUUUGUGUUGCAAGAAUGAAUGGAAUAAACUUGAAUUGUGCGAUAUGAGAA